UAACCCUGUCGUCACUCUCUUGUGAUUGGCGGGGUUAGGACGGAUUUCUCAACUUGGGACCUGCGGAGUCAACUGGCGUUUGUUGAAAUUCAGAUUGCCUACUCUUUCCGGAGAACCUGAUUGAGUCCUGUAGUUGGGUCCGCGGAAUGUGUAUUGUGAACAAGUGUCCGGGUGAUUAUUUGGCCCCGCGCUGUCUGAGAAGCCCAAUGAUUUCAGUGGCCCUUCUGGCCGGAGUUGCUGGAAGUAGCGCAGCCCCCACCCAGCCCCGGGCAAUGGCCGAGUCUGGACAGCAACUGCCUGAGGAGGUACUGGCGCUCAUCUUUCGCCACCUGUCCCUGCGGGACCGUGGGGCAGCCGCCAGGGUCUGCAGAGCCUGGGCUGCUGCUGCCACCUGCAGUGCCGUGUGGCAUGACACGAACAUCAGCUGUGACUGUGAGCGAGAAGGCAUACUGAUACCAUAUCUGUCCGCCUGCCUGAAACAUGUUCACAACCUACGCCUGGAAUUUGAGCCGUCGAAGAAGCCGAGCCGCAGGGCGGCCACGGAGCUGCUGACCGCAUUGGUGGGACGUUCCCCGGGGCUUCGAAGCCUUUGCCUGGAGUGCCGUGGAGAGAAACCACUCUUCGAUGCGGGCCGCGACGUCCUGGACGCUGUGCACGCCAUCUGCCGGGCCGCCCGCCAGCUGCAUCACCUUGACCUCCGGCGCUUGCCCUUCACUCUAGACGACGAGCUAGUGCUGCAGGUGGCACGCGGCUGCCCCGAGCUCCGCAGCCUUUUCCUGAACAACAGUACGCUGGUGGGCAGCGUGGGUCCGGGGUCCGUGCUUGAGCUACUAGAGGCCUGCCCGUGCCUGCGCGCCCUCGGCCUGCCCCUAGCCAGCCUAUCGUACACAGCCCUGGAGGCGCUGACGGCGCCGCACCGCGCGCCUUUCGCUCUCCUGGCCCUGCGAUGCGCGUGCCCCGAGGACGCACGAGCACCCCCUCUCCCUGAUGACGCCUGGGCCGCGUUGCGCCGCCGCCACCCUGGACUGUCCGUGGAGCUAGAACUGGAACCGGCACUGCCUGCUGAGAGCGUUAGGCGCAUCCUGCAGCCUGCAGUACCGGUGGCUGCGUUGCGCCUCUGCCUCUCUGCCGACACCGUAGGUCCGUUAGAAUUCGCAGCGCAACACUACGCUGCAACUUUGCGCGUGCUCGAGGUGCGCGCCGCCGCCUCUGCGGAGCUGGACGCCGCCCUGGAGUUGCUGGCGGCGCGCUGCGCGGGCCUGCGCGAAGUGCACUGCUUCUGCGUGGUACGACCCUCGGUUCUGCAGGCCUUUCGUGCUCACUGCCCGCACCUGCGCAGCUACACUCUUAAACUAACGCGGGAGCCACAUCCUUGGAGGCCCAUGCUUGUGGCGUGAUAAGGCGAAUCCGUCCCCCCACCCCCUGCCCCAGCUGAUGUGUGGCCUCUAAGAUGCUGGGUGGGUUUGCCUGGGCACACGCCAACUGCUAAGCCCUUCCUUCAGGACUCCGUUGCUUCUUGGGGAUGGGGUGGGUGGUCCAUGAGUCCACUCGGUGCUCUCGACAUCUGCCGACACCCACUGUCCCUGUACUGGGACCACCCUCCUCCAGCCUCCGUCUUCUGCAAACGCUGCGCUAGCUUUGCAGCCCGGGUGUGGUGUGGGAGGGGAUGACACAGGCGCAGGCCGGACAUCAGGAGUGAGUGAAAUAAACCCUGCAUCCUGUGAAAGCCUGGGUCG